CCUGAGUCUUCAACCAAUAAUCUUCAACUAAGACCGGAAAAAGGGGUCCAGACCCAUAAAACGGGCAUGUUAAUGUAACAUCGGGAACUAACCGGAUACGGCAUUUCAUUUAAUGAAAAUCUUACGAGGAAACGAGGACAUCGCGAGUUUGGGCGCUUCUCCGCCCUUGCGAUAUUCUUUCCGCCGAUUACUUUGCGGCUUCAUGUCGGUUUCUUGCUAGAGCGUAGCUACCGCCGCAGAUGCGUGCGCGCGUGCGGCCAGUCACUCAUUAGUUACUACCUCCCUCAUUACGUCAUUCUCUUAUUUUAACCAGUCGCUCAUUUUAUAUAACUACCUACCUACCUACCUAUGCACCCCGUAUCCGCGAUCCUGCUGUCCGUAUGGACGGCAUCGCUCGUCGCUGCGCAGGACGGCAGCAGCAGUGGCGCCGUCUGGGCGACGCCUCACGACAGCUAUUCGUCCUCGGUCGGGGUGCUGGGGUGCAAAGUAAAUACCAAUCGCGUAGCUUACUGGCCCAGCGCAGUCGACUGCGACAGCAUCUGCGUCUCGCUGAGCUACGAGGACCGGUCUGUCAAGCUGCUGCGCGUGGACCGGUCCGAGGGCGCGCACGAUAUUAGCUACGACGCCUGGAAUUAUCUCUACACCGGAUACUCGGCGACCGAGAAGCCCACCGCCGGCGGCGCCGUCGCUAUGAACUUUGCAAAUGUGGAUGCUUCCGAGUGCGCGGAUCUGAUCCACACCGACGGAGGCAAGCUCCCGCUUAGCGCCGCGAACAGCAUGAACUUCUUGGCUAGCUGCCUCGCGCGUCCCGACAGCUGGGUUGCGAAGAAUUAUCUCCUGUAUAAUAUUCUCGACUCCACGUGCGCUUGGGGCCACGACGAGGUGUGCACGCUGGAUUGGCCGGCGGCUAAUCAGGCGAGCUGUCCGAGUACGCUUGGAGACCCUGCUGCUUUGACGUCUGCUCCGGUCUACAAUAUCAGAUACCCUUCAGGCCAGACUGUCGUAGCCUCGUCGGGACAAGUUGUCGAUCCGCAAAGCGAUAGUAAUGGGUGCAUUGGGAUGCCGCCCAAUUUAUUUGUGUUGAUUUUAGUGGGAGUGGCUUCAAAUUGGCUGGCUCAUGCAGGUGGUGUGCGCUUCUGAGAGCCAUGUGAGUCGGGCGUGGGAUUUGAUGUCGUCAUAACGCCGACUGGAUGCCGCGUGCAGGUUGGCUGGUUGGGGGUCAUCGGCAGGUUGGCCGACAAGGGGUGUGGCAGCCUUUACGAUGCGGUCGGAAUUUGUCCUAUAUUCGGCAUGAUUACGAAGAGAUACCCUGUUGACUGUUGACGUUUAUUUACAAAUAUCCUUAUCAAUAUAUUAUACAACCAGCUUUUUGAAUCAAGAAC